AUGACGCCGCUGGGCAGCACCGUUGCCAGUCUCGGCGGCUAUGCUGGCGAUGGUUCGUCACGGGGCUCCCUUGUCGUCGAGUUCGCCUGGCGCCGGCACCUCAGCAGGAAUUCCAGGUCUUGGAUGUGCAUCAGCAGCGAGGCGCAAACAUACUGCUUCGCGUUCCUGGCGGCGAGCAUUUUGCUGACGUCGGCCAGUUUGACGCGCCCGCUGAGAAAGCCCCACGUGAAGGAACUGAGCACCUCAAUGGUUUUCUGGACCCCCGCGGCGCACUGCGUGAGACUGGUGCAGAUUUCCACGAGGAUGUUUUGCAGCAUAACUCCGCAAGAUUCUUUCGAUCCCUCAUUGACUGCAUCAAACGCCGCUCCUGCCUGUAUCACAGCAGCCGUGCCCCUGCCAUUUGAAUGCGUGCCUUUCGUGCCCGUAGUUCGUACUCGCGUAGAAAAUUAUUGGCGUGAUGUUGGGGUGACUUUUGCUGAGUCAGUGCCGAUCAACGUCCCCGACGACAUGGCCAGGAUGGCGUGGUCACUGACGACUGGUGUCAUUGGAUCGUCAUCAACGACUUCCCCCGCCACGCGCUCGGGGACAACAAACUCUUCCGUUCGCCAGCAACCCGCCCUGGCAUCCCUGACGUCACACGCAUGCGCCGUCUGCAGCAUGGCGAGGUACAUGAACAUCACCGCAUACAGCAUUACCGAGCCCACAGAAUCCGACCAGUCCCCUGUCUACAACUCAUCGUAG